UGUGUGUGGUUUCUCGUAAAAGACAACUAUCCAAUGAAUUAGAAGCUUUUGAAUGCUUGAAGGUAGUGGCGCGAGCAGUGUUAUUUAUUUUUUCUCAAGGAGGAGAAGUCUUCGAACUCAACUUUUAGAUACCUAUUAGAAUAUAUUUGGGUGACAUCCACUAUGUUGAAAUUUAAAUAUGGUGUCCGGAGUCCCAAUAGCCCGGGAUCUAUGGAACCGAUUGCAAGCCGUUGUUCCCACCUUAAUCUCCUUUUCCAGGGAAAACCUAUGGUGUUGAAGCAGCAACAUGAACAGCAGUCGGCUUAUCCCUUUACUAGGGAGGGAUUACUGGAUUCUCUGUUUGUACUUUUUGAUGAAUGCAGCAACCCUGCCUUAAUGAAGAUAAAGCAUGUGUCUGAUUUUGUCAGAAAAUAUUCAAACACGGUUUCUGAUUUAAAAAAGUUGCAGCCCACUGCUGAUGACUUUGAAAUAAGAGGAGUUGUUGGUCGUGGACAUUUUGCUGAAGUUAAGGUGGUUAGUGAAAAAUCAACUGGUGAUAUAUACGCCAUGAAGGUGAUGGAAAAGCAGUCAGUGCUGGCACAAGCCAAUGUAGCAUUCUUUGAAGAGGAACGCAACUUGUUGGCCCAAGCUUGUAGUCCUUGGAUUCCAAAGUUACAGUAUGCAUUUCAGGAUAAAACCCAUAUGUAUCUUGUAAUGGAAUAUCAGCCCGGUGGGGACCUUCUUGCCUUACUUAAUCGCUAUGAUGACCAGUUUGAUGAAGAAAUGGCCCGUUUUUAUUUGGCAGAACUUGUGCUGGCUAUACACAGCCUUCAUCAGCUAGGCUAUGUACACAGAGAUAUCAAGCCAGAAAAUGUGCUCAUUGACCGAACAGGACAUCUUAAAUUAGCAGAUUUUGGAUCUGUUGCCAGACUUGUGGAUAAGAAGGUUACUGCAAGUCUUCCGAUAGGUACUACAGAUUACAUUGCACCAGAGGUGUUGAUGGCCAUGAACGGAGAUGGCAAGAUCUCUUGUGGUGUGGAGUCAGACUGGUGGUCUCUAGGGGUGAUUGCUUAUGAAAUGGCUUAUGGAAAAUUACCAUUUACAGAAGGGACAUCUGCCAAAACAUUUAACAACAUCAUGAACUUCCAGAGUUUCCUGAAAUUUCCUGGAGAAGGUAAAGUCAGUAAGAAUCUUGUGGAUCUGUUACAAAGUCUGCUGUGCCUUGCAAAAGAAAGACUGACCUAUGAGGGACUUUGCUGCCACCCGUUCUUUGCAGAAACAGAUUGGAGCAACAUCCAUCAUUCUCCUCCCCCAUUUGUACCUACCCUCAAAUCUGAAGAUGAUACCUCCAAUUUUGAAGAGCCAGAGAAACCUUCUUUGCCAUCAUUGCCUGUGCCUCGACUAAUGAACUCUGCAGGAUUCACAGGAGAAGAUCUGCCUUUUGUUGGUUUUUCCUUCAGCAAACCAUUAGUAACACUCAGCAGGACAGAGCCACUUUCAGCAAUUGUGGAUUCCCCAGCAAAAAACAAUUCCAUGGAGAAGAAGUUGCUCCUUAAAAGCAAGGAGCUGCUGGAGAGUCAGGACAAGUGUCACAAGAUGGAGCAGGAGAUGUCUCGUUUACAACGCCGGGUAUCAGAAGUGGAAGCAGUUCUGAUGCAGAAAGAUAUAGAGCUAAAAGCAUCUGAAACACAGCGCUCAAUUAUGGAACAAGACUUGGCUACCUACAUCACCGAGUGUAGUGAAUACCAGAACCAGGUGGAGGAACUGCAGCUGAUGGUCCGACAGCUGGAGGAGGAUUUGGCUGCUGCCCGCCGGCGCAGUGAUCUUUAUGAAUCUGAGCUUAGAGAAUCUCGACUCUCUACUGAGGAGUUGAAACGUAAAGCAACAGAAUAUCAGCAGAAGCUCUUAAAGGCUAAGGAACAAGGCAAGGCUGAAAUGGAAGAACGUUAUUCAAAAUUUGAAAAGAAUAAUACUGAACAGAUGAACAAAAUUCAGGAGCUGCAGGAGAAGCUGUGUAAGUCAGUGAAAGCCAGCUCUGAGGCCACUGAACUUCUUCAGAAUGUGCGCCAGGCAAAGGAGCGAGCUGAAAAGGAACUGGAGAGACUGAAGAAUCGUGAAGACUCAAGUGAUACUGUUCGGAAGCGAUUACUUGAAAGUGAGGAGCAGCGACGGUCUUUGGAGAAUCAGCUGAAAAGAUUAGAAAUGGUGGAGAGAAGAGAAAACAAACUGAAGGAAGAUAUACAGACUAAAUCCCAGCAGAUUCAGCAAAUGGCUGUAAAGAUUAUGGAGCUGGAAGAGAGUUCUCGUGAAGCUCAGACAAUGGCACAGCGCAUGGAGGCCCACCAGGCACAGAAGGAGAAGUUGUAUGAAGAUAAAAUAAAGGUUUUGGAAUCCCAGAUGAAGAUGGAACGUACUGACAAGGAGUCAUUAGAGUCUUCUCUGAUUCGAUAUGAAGAAGAUGCCAGAGAAAAAGACAAAACUCUUAGUGAACAGAAAGCGAUGAUAAAUGCCAUGGAGUCAAAUAUAAAAUCUUUUGAGCAGAGAAUUGCUGAGCUUUCUGAAGCCAAUAAGCUUGCUGCAAACAGUAGUAUUUUUACACAGAGGAACAUGAAAGCUCAGGAAGAGAUGAUCUCAGAGUUACGACAGCAAAAAUUUUUCCUGGAGACUCAGGUGGGAAAACUUGAAGCUCAUAAUGAGAAGUUAGAGGAACAACUUGAGAAAAUCAGCCUCCAGGAACACACAGAUAAAAAUCGUCUUUUGGAACUAGACACCCGACUACGAGAGAUCAGUCUAGAACAUGAAGAGCAGAAGCUGGAAUUGAAACGGCAGCUGACAGAGGUGCAGCUGUCACUGCAGGAGAAAGAGUCUCAUAUCUCUAGUUUGCAGUCAGCCCGAAUAUCUCUGGAGAACCAGCUUCAAAAGUCCAAAUCAGAACUGGAAGAGACAAUGGCAGAAGCAGAAGAGGAGAUUCGAGCAAUGAGGGCUCAUCAAGAUGAGACGCAGCGUAAAUUGGAGGCUCUGCGUGAAAGCUGUGCAGUUAUACCUGAUUUGGAGGAUCAGAUCACCCAGCUGACCGAAGAGAAUGCUGACUUGAACCAACAGAAUUUCUACCUCUCUAAGCAACUUGAUGAAGUGUCUGGUGCCAGUGAAGAAUUGAUAGAGUUAAAGCAUGAGGUGACCCACCUGCGUAGAGAAAUUUCUGAGAGGGAGAUUCAGCUCAGCAAUCAGAAACAGACUCUGGAAGCCUUGAAGGCCACUUGCUCAAUGCUGGAGGAGCAGGUGUUGGACCUUGAAAGUCUCAAUGAUGAGCUUUUGGAGAAGGAACGUCAGUGGGAGGCAUGGCGAACGACUCUAGAAGAUGAGAAGUCUCAGUCUGAUAGGAGGGUUCGAGAAUUACAGAGAAUGCUAGACUUGGAAAAACAGAACAGGGUACAUGCAGACCAGCGCAGUAAUGAAUCACGGCAAGCGAUAGACCUAGCAGUCAAGGAGCACAAAGCAGAAAUCUUAAGUCUACAGCAGUCACUGAAGGAACAGAAACUGAAAGCAGAAACUCUGUCUGACAAGCUGAAUGACCUAGAAAAGAAACAUACCAUGUUAGAAAUGAAUGCACAGAGCCUACAGCAGAAGCUGGAGAUGGAAAGGGAGCUCAAGCAGCGACUCUUGGAUGAGCAAGGGAAGCUGCAGCAGCAAUUAGACUUGCAGAAGAGCCACAUCUUCCGCCUAACCCAGGGAUUACAAGAGGCAUUGGAUCGAGCUGAUCUACUGAAGACCGAGCGAACUGACCUGGAAUACCAGCUGGAAAAUUCUCAGGCUUUGUACACGCAUGAAAAGGUUAAAAUGGAAGGGACAAUUUCUCAGCAAACCAAACUUAUUGACUUUCUGCAGUCAAAGAUGGAUCAGCCAUCCAAGAAGAAAAAGGGAUUGUUUGGCAGGAGGAGGGAUGACCCAUCACCACCCUCUCAAGUCCCUUUACAGUACAAUGAAUUGAAGCUGGCUUUUGAGAAGGAAAAAUGUCGUUCUUCUGAGCUUGAAGAAAUUCUUCAAAAAACACGUAAUGAGCUUCGAUCAUUAAGAGAAGUAUCACACCAUAAAUCAUCUGAGCAUGCCCCAUCCACACCAGCCACUGCCAGGCAACAGAUUAUUAUGUCGGCAAUUGUUCGAUCUCCAGAACGUCAGCCCCACCCUAUCAGCCUGCUGGCACCACCUACCAGUCGCAGAAAAGAGUCUACAUCAUCUGAUGAAUUUGGUCGUCGCUUGAAGGAGCGAAUGCAUCACAACAUUCCUCAUCGCUUUAGCAUAGGGCUCAAUAUGCGUGCCACCAAAUGUGCUGUCUGUCUUGAUACUGUGCAGUUUGGACGCCAGGCAGCAAAAUGUAUUGAAUGUCAGGUCAUGUGCCACCCCAAGUGUUCCUCCUGUUCACCAGCUACCUGCGGUCUGCCUGCUGAGUAUGCCACUCACUUCAGUGAAGCCUUCUGCAGAGAAAAAGUUAGUUCUCCAGGGCUCCAGAUAAAGGAACCAUCAAGCAGUGUUCGGCUUGAAGGCUGGAUGAAGCUGCCAAGGAACAAUAAACGAGGUCAGCAGGGCUGGGAACGAAAGUACAUUGUCCUUGAGGGAUCAAAGCUAUCAGUAUUUGACUCUGAUUCCAGAGAAGCUUCUGGUAAGUCCACAGAUGAGUUUGAACUGUGCCUUCCUGAUGGAGAUGUAACUGUCCAUGGAGCUGUCAUAGCCUCUGAACUCAUUAACACAGCAAAAGCAGAUGUACCCUACAUCCUAAAGCUGGAAUCCCACCCGCAUACUACAUGUUGGCCUGGAAGGACAAUGUACCUCUUGGCACCCAGUUUUCCAGAUAAGCAGCGUUGGGUUACUGUUUUGGAGUCAGUGGUGGCAGGUGGUCGUGGGUCACGAGAAAAAGCUGAAGCUGAUGCUAAACUGCUUGGGAACUCUCUCCUUAAACUGGAAGGCGAUGAUCGGCUGGAUAUAAAUUGUGCCAUGCCUCUUACAGAUCAGAUUGUCCUGAUGGGUACAGAAGAUGGUCUUUAUUCACUGAAUGUUCUGAAGAGCUCUUUAACUCAUCUUCCAGGAACCGGUUCUGUAUUCCAGAUUCACGUGGUAAAAGAACUAGAUAAACUGCUGAUGAUAUCAGGAGAAGAGCGGGCUUUAUGUCUGAUCGAUGUUAAGAAGGUAAAACAGUCACUGUCCCAGUCCCAUCUGCCUUCUCAGCCUGAGAUCAGUCCUACAAUUUAUGAGACAGUCAAAGGAUGCCACCUUUUUGCUGCUGGCAAGAUUGACAACAGCCCUGGAAUCUGUGCAGCAAUGCCAAAUAAAGUAGUAGUUCUACGCUACAAUGAGGGUCUUAACAAGUACUGCAUAAGAAAGGAAAUUGAGACAUCAGAGCCAUGCAGCUGCAUCACUUUUACAGGCUACAGCAUUAUAAUUGGAACCAAUAAGUUUUAUGAGAUUGAACUCAAGCAGUUCUGUCUGGAAGAGUUCCUUGAUAAAAAUGACCAUUCCUUAGCUUCAGCCAUUUUUGCUGCUUCAACACACAGCUUCCCCAUCGCAGUUAUGAAAGUAAGCAGCACAGGUCAGAAAGACGAGUACUUGCUCUGUUAUCAUGAGUUUGGAGUGUUUGUUGAUUCUUAUGGAAGAAGGAGCCGUACAGAUGAUCUGAAAUGGAGCCGACUGCCUUUGGCAUUUGCAUACCGAGAGCCUUAUCUGUUCAUCACCCACUUCAACUCUCUCGCUGUAAUGGAAGUUCAGGGACGCACUGCUGUUGGUGCUCCUGCCUCUGUUCACUUGGAUAUCCCUAACCCUCGAUACCUGGGGCCAGCUAUCACUUCGGGUGCUAUCUAUCUGGCCACAUCUUACCAAGACAAACUGCGGGUGAUUUGCUGCAAAGGAAACCUGGUGAAGGAGAUGGGACAUGAUCAGCAACGGGGAGUAGCCCCCAGCCGCAGUAGUCCCAAUAAGCGAGGUCCACCCUCCUACACUGACCAUAUCUCCAAGAGACUAGCUCCAGGCCCAGGACAGCAGGAGGGCCUCACACGGGAACCAAGCACUCCACGACGCUACCAUGAAGGAAGAGCAGAGCUGCGUCGUGACAAGUCUCCUGGUCGGGGACUGGAACGAGAGAAGUCUCCUGGAAGAAGUCUAAGCACUCGUAGAGAAAGGUCUCCUGGAAGGUCAUUAGACGAUAGUGGCCGGGGUCGAUUACAGGUUGGGUCUGUCAGGACCCCAUUGUCUCAGAUAAAUAAGCAAGCUUGGGACCAGUCAUCAGUGUGAUAUUCUACUGCCCAGAAAAAUAUAAGCUGCUUCCUACACAUGCAAACAGAAGAAAAUAAGACUAGUUCAUCUGCUUAUGACCUAGAAGAGAUUGAGCAAAUGCCUUGAAUGAACAUAUAAGCACUGCAUAUAUGAGACACAGAGCAAAGGUUUCAUGGCAAGCUGCUUCAGGAUGCAUCUUACUCAGGAUCGGAUGACUCUUGUGCUUCCUUUAUCUUCCAGUCGGAGUUCCAUCUAGACAUACUGGCCUUCCUAUCCCCAAAGAUUACCAAAGAGACCAGUGGAGACAUUAAAAAUGUGUUGUGGUGUUAAGCAUACCAUGUUCAGAAGGAUCUGAAAUCUCCUUGGGCUGUGAUUUCACAGUUUCCUGUUUGUGCCGUACCAGAGAACCUUACCAUAACACAAAUUAUCACUCUGCAGCUUCUGUAGUGUUUUUCAGCAUUUAUACCACGUUUCACCAUGAUAGUACAGUGUACUUGGAAAAUAAUGAGUCUGUCAAAGUACAGAUGUGCUUUUUCAUAUAAAUAUUUUUUUUCUUUUAUCUUCUAUUAGCAGGUAAUUAAAUUAGGCAUAUAGAAAUAAUGUCAGAAAUAUGGCAGACUACAUAGUUUUCUAAGUCUGGUUUAUUCUCUAAAGCCAGAGUUUAUUUGAAAAAAAAAUACCGAAAUUUAUAUUACACGUCAUGCAAAUAGGAUGAUAGAUCCAGCAGCCUGCAUAUCCAUGGUGGAAGGAAAUAUAAAUUGAAUCCCAUGCCAGAAAAAUACAUUCAUCAAAUAUUCCUAAUGGGAUGAGGGACUAAAACCCAGUAUUAAGGGAGAAUUUAUUAUCUCUCUGUGCAUACUUAUAUCAGGUGUAUCUUGCCAGAAAACCUAAAACCUCCAAAAUAUGCUUGUGUCUCUGUAACUGAAUGUCGACGAGGGUAGAAGUUUACAGGACUACAAAUAUUUGAAGAAAUUUUUAUAUUCAUAAAAGAUAAUUGUUGAAAUAGACAACUAUUUUGUGGUGAACUCAGAGUGGUCUAUUUUUCUGUUAAAUGAUGUUCAUUAUAUGAUGUUCAUUAUAGCACUGAUGUUUCUCAUUAUUGAGCAAUACAAAAUUCAUUAACAUGUUUGAAAGUAAUCCAUUUCUAAUUUCAGUAUUACAUUGUUACAUAUCAUACACACCAGUUAUGUUGUUUUAAAGCACGUAACUAAUUUCAACCACAGAAGUAAGAUAUAACUGUAUUAGUUACAUAUUUCAGUUUAACAUUUGUUUUUAUAAAUUGAUCAGAGAUUUCUACAGAGCUAGGUCAACCUCAACAGGUACCUAUUCAUACAUUUAGUACACCUAUGCAUCUUCCUGCUGUCCCUGUCCUUAAUUUAAUGUAAAGUAGCCUGUCUUGUCACUGUCCUCUAACCAUAUAACCCAGUUCCUGAUUUGUUUCCUUUUGUGUUAUAAUUACAGUAAAUUCACUUCUAUAUUAUGCUGUAUUCUGUUUUAUUGAUGUUUUAAAUUGUUUUGCAAGCAACAAUUUAAUCAAUUAAAACAGUUACUUUG